CAACUUUCAUGGCAAAACAGCUAAGGAGGGCUCUAUGGACAGCUUGUAUGAGGCAGUGCAGAGCUCCAGUGCUGGCCCACCUCCACCCAUCCCCAGUCGUUCAUCCAGCCGAUCAUGCAGCCGCUCCUGCAGCCCGGCGGUGCUGCUGGACGAAAACACAAAGGGGCGAGGCUCUGGAAGAUCCAUAUCUAUGGAGAUGCCUCACAUGCAGGGAACCAAUACUCGUAAAAAAAAGAGAAGAACACAUAUAUCCAAAUCUACAUCAGACAAUGAAGCACUGGAUAACCCUGGCUGUAAUACUGCAGUCUGGCAGCCUGCCAAGAGCCGAGAAGAUUUAGUCCACAUCCCCAACAAUCACAACGAAGAGAUGCGGAAGACGAAGCACAGAACAGAAACCAAAGGAGGGAAAGGACCGCAUAAUUCCAGCACAAAGAAAAAGGAGAAACAUCCCGCAAGCCAGACUGUCCACACCAAUGGAGUGGCAACAGAGUCUAGACCUGCCAUCAAAAGAAGCCAAAAGGUUGGGAAGAAGUCAGGUGGAAAGAAUGGGAAAGAAGGGACAAAAAAAAGUCAGAACUCCACAAUGUGCUCCCCACCAGGCACCAUGAGCCCACCCAUGGGACCAAACUAUCUGGAUGUGCCAUACAGGUCAGACAGGAGGCCUCAUCCAGGCAAAUCCUCCACCCUCCCCGCUCAGGAGAACGCAACCCCGGGCCAAUGCACAGACAUAGUCAACCUACCUGGUGGAGCAACUCCCACCCACCACCAGCACUGGAGCAACCCAAGUGACAGCAGUCCUGCAUGGGGAACCAUACAGCACACCUGCCGCCGGCCGCUUACCGAGUAUCGUGUGUACUCCCAUGACUUUUCUGCAGCACAUGGAAAGGACUGGGAGGGAAGACAACAGCAGCCAAUGGCCCAGGACUAUAAACCCCAGAUUCCCCAAAGGGUGUCACGAUCUAUCACGGAUGUGGAUCUUUCAGAACCAAAUACUUACUGGAAAAAUUCUAAGAUCAAGGCUCAGUAG